GUUGCCAUACGUAAUCACAAACAUCAAGAAACUGCCAAAUGAAAUUUCUUUCCCUAAUUCCUCCCCAAAUCCUGUCUUGAUUCAUUUUUCAUUAAUCCCUUGCUCACUGCCACCAUCUGUUUCUCUAACAAAAAAAAAACGCCUUCCUCCUACUCAAACCCAAAGAUCACCAUGGGAGAGGUGGAUCCAGCCUUCGUUCAAGAACCAGAACACAGGCCGAAACUGAGAACUAUUGAAGCCGAAGGGAUACCCAUAAUUGAUCUCUCCAUACUAAGCUCUUCUGAUGCCAACCCAGAUCAUUCUCGAGCACUUGAAAAUCUUGUUAAGCAGGUAGGCAACGCAUGCAGGGACUGGGGUUUUUUUCAAGUGAUAAAUCAUGGGGUAUCACUGGAAAAGCGAGAAAAGAUUUUCAAUGUAUCAAGGAAAUUUUACGCUCAGCCUCUUGAGGAGAGAAACAAGAUUAGAAAAGAUGAUAAGAAGAUGUUAGGUUAUAAUGACGCAGAGCACACCAAAAAUGUCAGGGACUGGAAAGAGGUGUUUGAUUUGGCUGUGCAGAAUCCAAUUUUAAUGUCUGCUUCAUAUAAGCCUGAUGACAAGGAGAUCACUGAGUGGCAUAAUCAAUGGCCUGAGUACCCUCCUGAACUAAGGGAAGUCUGCGAAGAUUAUGUUAAAGAAAUGGAAAAACUUGCCUAUAAGUUGUUGGAGCUCAUUGCCCUGAGUCUAAGCCUGCAACCAGAUAGGUUCCAUGGCUUCUAUAAAGACAAAACUGCCUACAUGAGGCUCAACCACUAUCGACCUUGCCCUGCUCCUCAUCUAGCUCUUGGGAUUGGUCGACACAAAGAUUCUGGUGCCUUAACGAUUCUUGCACAAGAUGAUGUGCAAGGACUUGAAGUGAAGCGUAAAUCUGAUGGAGAGUGGACUUUGGUCAAACCAACCCCAUCUUCUUACAUAAUCAACGUUGGUGAUAUUAUGCAGAAGACUCAAGGUUCAAAAAUCAACAUGCUUGAUGCUAAACCUCAUGAUACAUUGGAACUCUCUACUCUACUUCAGUUUGGUAGUUUCCGCUGCCUAUCUAAGGUUGAACCUGGGAUUUGAUAGCGGACUUAAAAAGUCAUCUACAAACACUUUACCCUAAUCUUUUCGAGUAAACGCUUGAGUCCUCUGUAUUACCGCAGCUGCUGGCAAAGAGUCAGCCAAUGCUUAUUCCCCAUAUGCUGUUAUUGCUUUUUCUCAAAGAAAAAAGUUCACGAUCCCCAAGCCUUCUACCUCACCACGAUAUUGCUCCGUCAAGCUUUCGGUCAUAACGGAAAAUUCCUCUUUUCUGUCUCCCAUCGGAGUCUGGGCUGUGUCUUAGACAGGGGAGUCUGAGCCGUAUCUCAAUCCUAUCUAAUGAACAAAAAUUUCCAAGUUUUCUAGGAAUUGAUAUAGCUUUGUAUAUGCAGGUGUGGAGCAACGAUGCUUAUGAGAGCGUGGAGCACAGAGUGAAGGUGAACGCUGA